AUGAGUUUGAGACACAUGGAGAAUAUGCCUCUACACCAUGCAAGCCCUCCAGGAGCACCGAGGCCAUGCUGGAAGCCAUGGGCCUUCUCAGCACUGGUUAUUGUGCUACUAGUCUGUUCCUUCAGCACAGUAAUUUUUCUUUUUCUUUCCCUACAGGCAGUCAGUGAGCCCUGUGUAGCUAAGUUUGGACCAUUGCCUUCAAGAUGGCAAAUGGCAUCUCCUAAGCCUCCUUGCGUGAGUCAGAUAGCUGACUGGGAGCUGAAGAUACUUCGGGAUGGCUUGUAUUCCAUUUAUGGCGAAGUGACUCCCAAUAAAACCUACAAGGAACCAGCUCCUUUUGAAGUGCGGCUGCGUAAAAACAAAGGCAUCAUACAAGUUCUAACAAACAACGCUAUAAUCCAGAAUGUAGGAGGGACUUAUGAGUUGCAUGCUGGAGAUAUAAUAGACUUGAUCUUCAAUGCUGAACAUCAGGUUCUAAAGAAUAAUACGUACUGGGGGGUCAUACUGCUAGCCAAUCCCCAAUUCAUCUCCUAGAGUCUUGAUUUGGUCUCCCCAUCCUUUUCAGCACAUGCAGAGAUCUGGUGGGUGGGUUGGAGGAGGCAGAUUUUCAAUGCCUACAGUUUGGGUACACAAAUCAACACAGCAAACAGAACUCCUCUGCAGAUGAAUUUUCAUCUCUCAUGGUCAUCGGAAAGAGACUCAGAGGAAGGACCAAAGAUAUUUGGUUACCCCUGGCAUUGGGUUGGCAAAGACAGUACUAAUCCAUAGUAAAAUGAAUAUGGGUGGUUAAAGAGCAGAGGCUUCUCAAAGAGUCUGUCUAACCUUUGAAUUCCUGGGUGGAAAAAUGAAGUCUUAUUCUCAUGGGAGUCUUACUUGGUAUGCUAAAAGGAUCCAGCACUGUAGCCUGGACUUGUUCUCAUAUUCUUGGACU